AUGAAAGUCACAGUCUGCGGUGCCGCUGGUGGUAUUGGCCAACCUUUAUCUUUACUAUUGAAACUUUCCCCUUAUGUUACUGAACUAUCUCUAUAUGAUGUCGUCAACUCUCCAGGGGUUGGUGCUGAUCUAUCUCAUAUAGAUACAAACACCAAAAUCCAAUCUUUCCUCCCUGAUAACGAUGGCUUAUCAAAAGCUUUACAAAAUACUGAUAUCGUCAUUAUCCCUGCCGGUGUCCCAAGAAAACCUGGAAUGACCAGAGAUGAUUUAUUUGCUAUAAAUGCAGGUAUCGUUAGGGAUCUAGCUCAAGGUGUUGCUUCUUUUGCUCCAGAUGCCUUUGUAUUGGUUAUUUCAAAUCCUGUCAACUCUACUGUUCCAAUUUUUGCUGAAGUUUUGAAGAAAAAUGGUGUUUUCAAUGCUAGAAAAUUAUUUGGUGUUACAACCCUAGAUUUAGUUCGUGCAAAUACUUUUAUUUCUCAAUUAUCAAAUGAUUCUUUGAACCCAGAAAACUUGAAAAUUCCAGUUAUUGGUGGUCAUUCUGGUGAUACUAUUGUUCCUUUAUUUUCUUUGGGAUCUCCAGAAUUUUAUAAAUCCUUAUCAAUUGAACAACGUGAUGCACUAAUACACCGUGUUCAAUUUGGUGGUGAUGAGGUUGUUCAAGCUAAAAAAGGGAUGGGAUCCGCAACUUUAUCAAUGGCUUAUUCAGGUUUCAAAUUAGCUGAAGAAUUAAUGAAGGCUAUAAAAGGUGAUUCUUCAAUAGUGGAUUCAAGUUUUGUUUAUCUAAGUGAUGAUAUUAAAGGUGCUAAGGAAGUCAGACAAUUGUUACCAGACUUGGAUUAUAUCUCAUUACCUGUUAAACUAAGUGCAAAAGGUGUUGAAUCUAUUGAAAUUGACGUUUUAAACAAGAUUAAUGAUCAUGAAAAAGAAUUAUUAAAUGUUGCAAUUGACCAAUUGAAAACAAAUAUCUCAAAAGGUAUAAAUUUUAUUAAAAACCAAGCAUAG